AUGCCCCUAACAUCAACUAUCAUUGCACCAGCUGUUGAUGCUAUCGAGGCCGAAUUCCAUGUUACUUCAGAUGUCAAGGGCUCUCUGACAGUAUCCCUGUUCCUGCUCACUUACUGUCUGGGACCAUUGGUGCUAGCACCUCUUAGCAAACUGCUCGGCCGCGUUCCCAUCCAGCAGUCAGGAAAUGCCUUCUUCCUCGCUUCUGAUCUGGCCGCGGGUUUCUCAAAAAGCAUAACCCAGCUCUUAGUAUUCCGCCUGUUGAGCGGACUAGACGCUAGUGCUUCAUUAGCUACCGGCGUCAGCACCAAUGGUGAUAUCUUCCCCAAAGAACAACGCGGGCUAAGCCUUGCCCUUCUUAACAUGGAUCCCGUCCUUGGCUUCUGCCUCUCCAUAGCAGCCGGCUACAUAACAGAGUACUCAACCUGGCGAUGGGCCUUCCACGCAACCCCAAUAUUUGCCGGUGUCAUAAUCCUAACCUCACUAAGCCUUUCACGCGAGACCUACGCCCCGGUCCUCCUCCACCGCAAGAAACAAGCUCUCCAACUUAUGCCAGACUACAGAGGCCUCACACUCCUCACUCAAUUCGAGCAAGCCACAAACACCACCACACCUUCCACCUCCAAAUCUCAAACCCUAACAAGCCUCUACCACCGCACCCUCUUCCGCUCCCUUCGCCUCCUCCUCACCCAACCCAUCGUCCAAGCCCUCUCCCUCUACCACGGCUACAUCUACGGCCUCGUCUACCUCAUCCUCUCGACCUUCCCCCACCCUAUGGAAAACCCAAUACCACCUGCCCGCCAGCACCGGCUCCCUGCACUACCUCGCCCCGUGCAUCGGCUACCUCCUAGGCGCGCACAAACCUGCGCCCUAGUCUCAGACAAGAUCUACCUGCGUCUCAAAACCUCCAACCACGGCAUCGGCAAGCCCGAGUCCCGCCUCCCACUCAUGAUCCCCGCGAGUCUGCUCGUCCCCAUCGGCUUCUUCAUCUACGGCUGGUCCGCACAGUACAGAACCCACUGGAUCGUUCCAGAUAUCGGUAUUGUUCUGCCGCUCAUGGGCGCUACUGUCAUUUUCCAGUGUACGAGCGCGUACCUUCUCGAAGCGUAUAGUGUGUAUGGGGCGAGUGCGAACGGUGGAGUCUAUAUCUUGCGGGGAUUGACGGGGUUUGGGUUCCCGCUGUUUUAGUCCCGUUAUGUAUCGCGUGCUGGGAUAUGGAUGGGGGAAUAGCCUUUUGGGGUUUGUAGCGGUUGUUUAUUGGGUGUCCUAUUCCGUUGGGUGCUGUGGUGGUUUUGGGAGAGGUUGAGAAGGAAAAGUAGUUUUGCGGAUGAGGUGUGACAAUGAUGAUACAUACGUAGUUAUCCAUCGCCCCUUGAUUCGGGGAGUGGAG